CGACCCGUACGCGGCGUGGAGUCUGGAGAGGCACUGACAUGGUUCGCAUAGACGCACUUUAAACAGGGGGAAUGUAGCUGCGGAGACGGACGACGGAUCAGUCAAGGCACUGCGAUGUGAGACAGACAGCGAGUGUUUGAACGACUCACUGCCAUGAGAAAUGACUGCGAAGAGAGGAGAUGAGUCGAGGCGGCUUACCGUCGGCAGGUCUUGACCACCCCGACCGGCUGCAGAUUCCGAACCUGAGCUACUCGGUUAUACACUAAGGCUUCGUGCCGUAACGCAGGGAUUUCACACCGAAAAUCAGACGCAGCCAAGUACGUCCCGUACACUUAAAAAACAAACAAGCAAACAAACAAAAAACAUCAUCGAAACGAGAAUGGCGAGCCAGAGCGAUUGCUGUGUGAAGGUUUCGUUAAGGAUCCGUCCCCAGAUGGCCAAGGAGAAGAUAGAGGGUUGCCAUGUUUGUACGCUGGUCACACCUGGAGAGCCCCAGGUUCUCCUGGGAAAGGACAAGGCCUUCACCUAUGAUUUUGUGUUUGACCUGGACUCAGAGCAGCACCACAUCUAUCAGGCCUGUGUGCACAAGCUCAUCGAGGGCUGCUUUGACGGCUACAACGCCACUGUGUUUGCUUAUGGACAGACGGGCUCGGGGAAGACCUACACCAUGGGGACCGGUUUCAAUGUGAGCGUGAGCCAGGAGGAGCAAGGCAUUAUCCCACGUGCUGUUCACCAGCUCUUUGAAGGAAUCCAGAGCAGACGGGAACGUGCCCAGGAGGCGGGAACCCAACCACCUGAGUUUAAAGUCAGCGCACAGUUCCUAGAGUUGUACAAUGAAGAGAUCCUGGAUUUGUUUGAUGGAACCAGAGAUCUGGACAGUCGGAGCAGGAAAUCCAACAUUAAGAUCCAUGAGGAUGGCAGCGGUAGCAUCUACACCACUGGAGUCACCUCCAGAUUGGUACACUCGGAACAGGAGCUGCUGCAGUGUCUGAGGCUGGGCGCUCUGUCCCGCACCACAGCCAGCACCCAGAUGAACGCCCAGAGCUCCCGUUCUCACGCCAUUUUCACCAUCCACCUCUGUCAGAUGAGAGUCUGCCAGCAGCCUCAGCUGAAUGGGGAGAUAAAUGGUGUGGACUCAAGCCCCCUCGCCCAGCCAGAGUAUGAGACACUCAUGGCUAAGUUUCAUUUUGUUGACUUAGCUGGCUCCGAGAGGCUUAAACGCACAGGGGCCACAGGAGAAAGGGCCCGUGAGGGCAUCUCUAUCAACUGUGGACUGCUUGCCCUGGGUAAUGUGAUAAGUGCUCUUGGGGACCAGACUAAGAAAGGUGGCCAUGUUCCCUAUAGAGACUCAAAACUCACUCGCUUACUACAGGACUCACUGGGAGGCAACAGUCUUACGGUGAUGAUCGCCUGUGUCAGUCCAUCAGACCGGGACUUCAUGGAGACACUGAACACUUUGAAGUACGCCAACCGCAGGAACAUCAAAAACAAGGUGGUGGUGAACCAGGACAAGACCAGCCAACAGAUCAGCGCCCUGCGCGCUGAGAUAGCACGUCUUCAGAUGGAGGUGAUGGAGUAUAAGGCGGGGAAGCGUGUGGCAGGUGAGGAUGGUUCGGAGGGCUUCAGUGACCUGUACCAGGAAAAUGCCAUGCUGCAGAGAGAAAAUGACACACUGCGACUCAGGGUAAAGGCCAUGCAAGAGACCAUUGAGCAUCUCAACACCCGCGUCACACAGCUGCUGGCCAAUGAGGUCAGCACACUGCUUACCAAAUCAAGUGAGGGCAACGAGGAGAUUGGGGCUCUGAUCCAGAACUACAUCAGGGAAGUGGAGGAGAUCAGAUCGAAGCUCCUGGAGAGCGAGGCCAUGAACGAGUCCCUCCGGCGUCAGGUGUCUCGACUCUCUUCUCGCUCUGCAUUCCCCACGUCCACACUGAGCCCCGCUCCAGGUCACCCUCCUGGCUCCUCCCCCGCCACCAUGUCCAUGGAGGCCGAGAUGACGGACGUUAUCCGACGGGCCAAGCUGGACAUUGAGAGACUGAAAAAGAAGGAGAGGAGACAGAGAAGUCCAGAGUUGGAGAAAGGCGUUAAGAAAAGAGUGAAGCUCCAGCCUUACGAGAAUGGAGAGAACGGGCAGAAUGGACAAAAUGGCCAGAAUGGCCAGAACGGAGAGAUUGAUUCAGAUGACAACUGCACUGAGGAGGAGAGUGGCUGUGAUGAUGAUGAGGGGGAGGAUGAAGAGGAAGGCAGGGAGGAAGAGGAGGAGUUUGACAGUGACGAGAGCCAGGUGGAUUCGGAGUCUGAUUCAGAUGAGAAAGAAACCAACUUCCAGGCAGACCUGGCAGACUUGACCUGUGAGAUAGAGAUCAAACAGAAGCUGAUAGAUGAGCUGGAGAACAGCCAGCGGAGGCUGCUGAUGCUCAAGUUGCAGUAUGAAGAGAAGCUCAUCCUGCUCCAGAACAAGAUCAGAGACACUCAGCUGGAGAGAGACCGUGUGCUGCAGAACCUCAUGUCUAUGGAGAACUACACUGAGGAGAAGGCCAGCCGAAUCAAGCAGGAGUAUGAGAAGCGCCUGAAGGAGAUGAACCGCGACCUGCUGAAGCUACAGGCCGCUCAGAAGGAGCACGCACGCCUCCUCAAGAACCAAGGACGCUACGAGCGGGAGCUGAAGAAACUCCAGGCGGAGGUCACUGAGAUGAAACAGGCCAAGGUGGCGCUGAUGAAGCAGAUGAAGGAGGAGCAGCAGAGGAGGAGAAUGGUGGAGGCCAAGAGGAACCGGGAGAUUGCGCAGCUCAAGAAGGAGCAGCGACGCCAAGAGUACCAGAUCCGGGCACUGGAGUCUCAGAAGCGGCAGCAGGAGCUGGUGCUGCGCAGGAAAACCCAGGAGGUUUCCGCCCUGCGUCGGUUAGCCAAGCCGAUGUCAGACCGUGUGGCCGGACGGGUGGCCCGCUGGAACCAACCUCCCCUCCCAUCAGACUCUGGAGCUGAGCUGUCAGCCAGCACCACAGCCAGCAGCUCUGAGGCCGAGUCUGGGAGGAGUGUAAGCGGAAUGGUGCGUCAGUGGAACAACAAACAUAAUGCACAUGGAUAUAUGGGAGAAAGUGAGGGGAGUGUGGAUGGGACGCGCGUCAUUGGAAAGAAGAUGCAGCGUAAGCCAGGAGUCCUGGGUAGCAUGGUAGCAGCUGGCAGAGGCAGUAGCUUCACCAAGUUGGCCCGUCAGAAGUGGCAGACCCUGGAGCAACGCAUUCUGGACAUCGUCAUGCAGCGCAUGACCAUUGCCAAUGUGGAGGCCGACAUGGACCGCCUUAUCAAGAAGCGGGAGGAGUUGUCAGUUCAUCAAGAGGUGCUCCUACAUAAAAGAGAGGUACUGAUGGCGGAGGGGGAGGGGCCUGAAAAAGAGGACCGUAUCAUCCAGGAAAUGAAUGAGGAGAUUGAGGUGCUCAACGCCAACAUAGACUACAUCAGUGACAGUUUGUCUGACUGCCAGGCCACAAUUGUGCAGAUAGAGGAGACCAAGGAUGAGCUGGACUCCGUGGACACCUCAGUGGUGAUCAGCUCCUGCUCCUUGGCUGAGGCACGCCACCUUCUGGACCACUUCCUGAAAGCUUCCAUUGACAAGGGUUUACAGGUGGCUCAGAAGGAGGCUCAGAUUAGACUGUUGGAGGGCCAGCUGAGACAGACUGAUGUGAUUGGUUCCUCCCACAAUCACAUCAUCCUGGAUGCAUUACGGGAGAAGGCCGAGUACAAUCCUGAACUCCAGGCCCUUAUCCAAAAUGUACAGCAAGAGAAUGGUUAUACCAGCACGGAUGAAGAACCCUCAGAGUUCAGCCAAGCCUCUGACGGCAGUCCGUCUCAAAUGAAAGAAUCCAACAGUCAGGAUGACUUCAAAUUGAAGAUGGAGCCUCGUCUGUCAGCACAGAUGAAGGCAGUGUCUGCAGAGUAUUUGGGUCCUGGCAUGGACCCUUCACAUAGCAGCAAGUCACAACAGAUCACCAAGUCCCUGGCCUCACUAACCGACAUCCAGGAGGACGGUCUUUGCCUUGGCUCUGGGAGCCUAGGUUUUAGCCUGUCUCUACGGGACCCCCACCUCAGGGAGCGGACAUCCCGCACGAUCAGCCUGCCUGUCAGGGGGCACACCUUUCCCAGGCAGUCUCGGGGUUACGACACCUCCCCAAUGACGAGGAGAAAAUCUUAUGACCGUUCAUACCCUCUCAGGCCAACUGAGGGCUACACUCCCCCCUCCUCUCCCCCGCUGAGGACCAGGAACGACCGCAAUGUCUUCUCCAGGCUCACAAGCAAUCAGACUCAAGGCUCUGCCUUGGACAAGUCGGAUGACAGCGAUUCCUCGCUCUCCGAGGUGCUCAGGGGCGUGAUCAGUCCUAUUGGAGGUGUAAAGGGGGGUCGUACAGCACCUCUGCAGUGUGUGUCUGUGGCUGAGGGCCAUUCUAAACCUGUGUUAUGUGUGGACGCCACAGAUGAGCUACUGUUUACUGGAUCUAAAGACCGAACCUGUAAGAUGUGGAACCUGGUCACGGGCCAGGAGAUUGUCACCUUGAAAGGCCACCCAAACAACGUGGUGUCAGUGAAGUACUGCUCUUCCUCGUGCCUUGUCUUCUCUGUGUCCACAUCCUACAUUAAGGUCUGGGAUAUCCGCGACUCCGCCAAGUGUGUUCGCACACUCACUUCAUCAGGGCAGGUGGUUUCAGGAUGUGCUGGCACCACCACACGUACAAUAACCUUUGCACAGGGGGAGUACCAGAUCAACCAGAUAGCCCUCAACCCUUCUGGAUCUGUGCUGUAUGCUGCCGCUGGCAACACUGUUCGAAUUUGGGACCUCAACAAGAUGCAGGCAAUGGGGAAACUGACAGGCCACAUAGGCUCAGUUAUGUGUCUGACGGUGGGACAGUCUCUCUUGGGUAAAGACCAAGUCAUCACUGGCUCCAAGGACCACUAUGUCAAGGUGUUUGAUGUAGCAGAAGGCACUCUGGGCAAUGUAGGUCCAGCCCAUAACUUUGAGCCGCCUCAUUACGAUGGAAUUGAAUGCCUUGCUGUCCAGGGAGAUGUGCUGUUCAGCGGAUCCCGAGACAAUGGCAUUAAGAAAUGGGACCUGGAGCAACAGGAGCUCACUCAGCAAAUUCCCAAUGCCCAUAAGGACUGGGUGUGUGCCCUGGCAUAUGUACCAGGGCGGCCUAUGCUCCUGAGUGCCUGUCGGGGUGGCAUGCUGAAGGUGUGGAAUGUGGACAACUUUACACCUAUAGGAGAGGUCAGAGGUCAUGACAGCCCCAUCAAUGCCAUCUGUACCAACUCAAGGCAGAUUUUUACUGCAUCCAGUGACUGCAGGGUGAAGUUGUGGAGCUAUGUGCCUGGCUUGACCCCGUGUCUGCCUCGACGGGUCCUGGCCAUCAAGGGCCGUGCCACCAGCCUCCCAUGA